CACACACACACAUUCCCAGGCACCUGGUCACACCUGAGCUUCUACUUCCGGAAAAGUCCUAAAGAACACCAGGAAAACAUUACGCUGGGAAAACAGACUAAACCUCCAGGAAGCCCGAGUUUGAGAAAGGAGAAAUGCAAAUGUGAUCCCUGUUCUGGGAGACGGCAUGAUGAACUGUUGGAUGACAAAACAUAUUACAUCUAUAAUAUUGUAAUUCACGAUGUCUGAGGACAUUUCUUCUGACUCUGUGCCAGUAGCCAAAGCUCCUCUGACAGCAGAACCGACUGUUCUUGACAGUGAAACAGAAAAGAAGAUAAAUACAGACAUGAAAAGAACAGAAGAAAAGAUCAGUGGUGCUGAUUUAGAGCCAAGCACGCUGCCCUGGCCUGAAGACAAGGCUGAACAAAUUGGCAAGAUAGAAAAAGCAGGAUCUGAUCUCAAACUAGAGCAGAGCAAUAUGAAUCUUAUAGGAGAGAAGGAGAGUCAGAGAUCAGAUAGCGGGUCCAUCCGUGGAGGAGCAAGCAGGACUGAGAGUGAGAGAGAGUUUGGUGGGCGAGAAAAGCAGGCAUCAUGUGAAGACUGUGUGGAGGGCAAGCAGCCUGAGCUAAAAGAGAAGGUUCCACACUUGGAGAUUGAGGUGGAGGAGUUGAACAGUAUGCCAGAGAAAGCAGCUGGGGUCUUUAAUCCGAGUGUAAGCAUCCUGCGCUCUACCAGCCUCCCUGAUCCACCCAGGCGCAAUUCAGAAAUGUGGGAGGAGGAGAAUCGUGCCUUUCUUGUGCAAGAAACAAUUCCAGUUGGAUACUACCAUGACUACCCCAAACAUGACAAUUUGCAACUCUGUUCAUGUGCUGGUACUUAUCGUGAUGUGCUAAAAAUGGGUGUAUCUACAUUAAUGUCAGCUCUGAUCUUCCCUGUCCUGGUCUGGGGUGGCCACACUUUCUUACCAUUUGAUGCUCCUGUGCUGGAUAGCGCCCCUCUAAGGCUGGUCUACACAUUGCGCUGUUCAGUUUUUGCAGUCAUACCAAUUGUACUGGGUGUGUUGGUGCUUGGUGUGUCCCGCAUCCGGUAUCGUUCUCUGAAACCAGGCUGUGACGGAGAGGUUGAAGAAGUGAACAUCCACCGCCGAUACAUUGAUGACUCUGUCUCACUCUUUCUCCUGUACUUCCUUCAGCUGGGUGUCAUGGCUGCUUAUCUGGAACAGAAUCUUCUCAAACUGGUCCCUCUCCUUACCAUCAUCUUUGCCAUUGGCAGGCUGGUGUACUGGAUUGCAGCAGCGUGGGGAAGCAGCGUCAGAGGUUUCGGGUUCGGGUUCUCCUUUUUGCCCAUGCUGACCAUGUUGGUGGCCAACUUGUACUUCAUCUUUAUGGCUGAUUCUGCUGGCUCAAUCUUUUCCCAGGAUGAUGUGGAAUCACCCAAACCUCCUCAGGAGUACAGGCAGAGGUUCUGGGGAUAGAAUGAGUUAUGAUGGCCCAACACUUAAAAAGGGGUUAAAAUCAUUUGUGCCUUUGUUUACUAUGUCUGUUAUUUUUAAUAGUGUCACAGAACAUGGAUAAAACACCUAGAUACAUGGAAAAAGAAGUACUCCAGGUUUGAAAAAAAUCUUCGAGACAAACACGUACUAAUUGUCAAUCUGUGGUUUGGUUUGGCAUAAUGCCUGCCUAUAUGGUUGCCUGCCUUUUUUUAUUAGUGAGGUGAACCACAGUGAUGGACCUAUGAUGUUAAAAAUAGUGCUGAGUCCAAUUCCCGAGCAUAUUUGAGCAAGAUUAAAAUUAAUGGCUUAUAAAUGAAACACAAGCAGAUGUCAAUACAGAUUUAAUUGUUUCUUCCAAAUCACAAAAGAACAUUUUUUUUUACUGAAUGAAGAUAAUAAAUAUGUUGAAAUAAUCUUGUAGUACGUUUCAGUCAUGUGUGUGUGCAAUAUACCUAAAGUAGUUCAUUCGUACUUCAUUGAAAUAGUACAGAAAAGUUCCACUGUCUUCCAUUCUAGGUCUGUAUUUCAUGUUUUGAGUUUUGGUUGAGAAGCUGGGGAUGAGUUUUUUUUUGUUGUUGUUUGUUUAAAAGAGGGGGACAAAUGUGUUAAAAAUAAGAUGGAACAUAUUUUUGCAUGGUUUUUGUAUUGUCUCUUGUAUAAACAGUAGGAUAUAACAA